UGUUGGGAUUUUUCUUAGGCCGCCUGGCAACUCUGUUACGUUCUUUUCCCUAUCCGUUUCCGGCGAGGUUGAUAAAUAUCCAUUCAAAAUGGUGAAGGUUAAGUGCUCCGAGCUGAGGACGAAGGACAAGAAGGAGCUGACCAAGCAGCUGGAUGAGCUCAAGAAUGAGCUUCUCAAUCUGCGUGUGGCCAAGGUGACUGGCGGAGCUCCCUCUAAGCUCUCCAAGAUCCGCGUGGUCCGCAAGGCCAUCGCUCGCGUCUACAUCGUGAUGCACCAGAAGCAGAAGGAGAACCUGCGCAAGGUCUUCAAGAACAAGAAGUACAAGCCCCUGGAUCUGCGCAAAAAGAAGACCCGCGCCAUCCGCAAGGCACUCUCGCCCCGUGAUGCCAACCGCAAGACCCUGAAGGAGAUCCGCAAGCGCUCCAUCUUCCCUCAGCGCAAGUUCGCCGUGAAGGCCUAAGUUAAUGGUCUCCUCGUGGCGUCCCAGCUAACUAGUGUGCGUUAAGAGUUCUCCAGCGAUAGACGAAGAAAAAAUAAAACUUUUUUUUUAAAGUGAAAA